GUUAGCACUCAAUGAGGAUAAAAACACAAUACUGUCGUGUUGAAUGGCUGAAAAAGCACAUUGUCAUGACAGGUCACUCUCUUUAGCGUUCCAGACUGACCCACACAUUAAUGGAGAUCUGACACAGCUUGUUUCAACACAUUCACACUCUGCCCCUCCCCUUGCCUAACACUACUUUUUACCAUGGUUUCCUGUGUAAAGAUAACCAGAGGCCAUUAAAACAUUCACUCCAGCCUAAAAAACGGCGGUAAUAGCUUGACAGUCGUCAUACGGGGUGUCCUGAUAAAUGAAGUCGUCUCUUUUGAUAUGUUUUGUUGGACUGUGUUUUUGGACUUCUGUCAUGUCACUGAAGAUCUGUGCCUUCAACAUCCAGAGCUAUGGGGAAGCAAAGGCCAGCAAUAAGAGAGUUAUGGGGAUUUUGAUAAAGAUCAUUUCUCGCUGUGACCUGAGUUUGAUUCAGGAAGUUCGAGAUUCUAGAGGCGAAGCUGUACCUGCACUGUUGAUGAACCUAAACAGAUUUGACAAAUCUCACAUUUACACACAUUUAGAGAGCAAAAGAAUGGGGAAGAAAACAUAUAAAGAGCAGUAUGUGUACAUUUACAGAAAAGACAUGCUACAGGUGCAAGAGCAAUACCAGCACCCAGAGUUCAACGAGAGCACAGUAUUCGCCAGAGAGCCGUUCAUCAUACGGAUCCAUUCUCCAACUACCUUGGUGAAGAACUUUGUCCUUAUCGGUCAGCACACCUGUCCUAAGAGUGCAAUGAAAGAAAUGGAGGGACUGUAUGAGGUCUUCCAAACAGUCAGGAAGAAAUGGAAAACUGAGAAUGUGAUGUUUCUGGGGGACUUAAAUGCAGCUUGCAGCUAUGUUACCAAUAAAGGACUGAAAAACGUGCGUCUCAGGAGUGACCCAAAGCUCCACUGGCUGAUCAGAGAUGAACAAGACACUACAGUGCGUGAAAAAACACGCUGCGCUUAUGACAGGAUUAUUAUUCAUGGCAAAGAACUAAUUUCUGGAAUAGUUCCGGAAUCUGCUCUACCAUUCAACUUCAAAGAAGAAUUCAAUCUAUCUGAGGAAGAGGCUUUGGAAGUCAGUGACCACUAUCCUGUCGAGGUGGAUCUGAAAUCAAACCAUCGCUACCUCCUGCGUCAUGAACUGUGAAAUGAAAAUCUCUGUUAAUAUGACCUACAAAGUAUCAAUUCUAAUAGUAU